AUGUACUCCCACACUCAUAUACUGAGGCUGAGUCGAGCUAGACCUCCAGGAUCUAUCCGUCUGUACGUUAGAUAUACAUCAUCUGCCACAAGAGCUGUGGAGGAAGAUGCCCCCUUCACAGGAUGGAGUGUACGUUCCCCUCGAGAUCUGUACAAUCACCUGUCGAAGUAUGUCGUAGGUCAGGAGAAAGCCAAGAGGACACUGUCUGUUGCCGUGUUCAAUCAUUAUCAUCGUAUAUCCCCUCGUCUACCUCCUCGUGAAUCCCCCCCCCCUCCCCCUCCGCCACCAAGACAGUCUCCACCUAUCAUCCUUGAUCCUCCCAGUUCGACGUCCACAUCCACCCGACCAGUAUGGGACCGACCUAAUCGGCGGGACGACCUGGACCCGAUGACGUGGGAUCCAAGUAGAGCAGGCAGUCAGAUCGAACGGGACGCUACCAAGGUGACAGGUGCAGAUGGGACGGAUCCCACCCUAACACAUGAUUUGCUCACACUCCGAUCAAGAGAGGGGCAAUGGGCUCGAGAUGGAUAUUUCAGUGCAAAGCCUCCUCCGCCCUUACCGUCUCUAUUAGGUCAGACAAUGAAGAAGCGCAAGAACGAUCAAGGAGGUAGAAAAAAGAAGGAGACGAUUGGAAUUGAGGUGGAAUCUAGAUCAUCGAGUUUCGCAGAAGAGGAAGUACCAGGAUCAAUCGAGCCUCAAGAAGAGGUGGCGAUUGAGAAGAGCAACGUUUUGAUGGUUGGUCCCACUGGAACAGGUAAGACCCUGAUGGCUAGAACGUUGGCAAAAAUACUAGAUGUCCCGUUCGCCUCAUGCGACGCUACCACUUAUACUCAAGCGGGAUAUGUAGGAGAAGAUGUAGAGAACUGCGUGUUAAGGUUAUUGCAGAAUGCAGAAUAUGAUGUGAACCGAGCAGAACUCGGUAUUAUCCACAUCGACGAGAUUGACAAGCUCGCUCGAAGGGGCGGGGGCGACUUUGGCUCAUGGGGUGGAGCAAGGGAUGUAGGAGGAGAAGGAGUCCAACAAGCUCUAUUACGAUUAUUGGAAGGUACCACAUUAACAUUACAAGCCAAAGGUCCAGCUAUAUCUUCAACGCCACCUAGUCCACCCAGCUCAUCCAACCAUCUUGGUGGGGCCGGACCAAGCUCACCUGGGACUACUUUAGGGCCAAAAGCAGAAUCGAAAGCUGCCUACGGUGAUCCGCCAGGAUGGGAUCCGAAUAACCCAAUGAAUAGAGGUUUGGGAGGAAAGAAAUCUGUCAGAGAGGGAUUACCAGGAUUCAGUAGUGGUGGUGGAUCUCCUGGAGGAAAAGGAGAGACUUUUGUGGUUGAUACAUCGAACAUCCUCUUCGUUCUAUCUGGAGCGUUUGUGGGGCUAGAUCAAAUUGUAAAUAGACGAUUAGGCAAAGGGUCAAUAGGAUUUGGUGCCCCUUUGCCUAAAACACCUUCUACUCCCGUCUCCACCUCAACCCUCCCUUUGACAGGUCUCUCGACACCUGAUCUAACAACAUACGGAUUAAUACCCGAAUUCCUAGGUAGAUUACCAGUGAUUUCAGUGUUGUCUCCUCUUACAUUAGAAGAUAUGAUACGAAUCCUCGUCGAGCCCCGCAACGCUCUGAUAAAGCAGUAUCAAGCGUUAUUCGAGAAAUACGGAUCACAAUUGAGAUUUACGGAUAAAGCGAUCAAGGAGAUUGCGAGGAAGGGUUUGGAAAGAGGUGGUGGUGCGAGAGGAUUGAGGAGUAUUAUGGAAGAGAGAUUGGGUGAUGCGAUGUUUGAAGUUCCUGGAUCGUCGGUCAGAUACUGCCUGAUCACCGAAGCUGUCAUCAAACAGCAAGAACCUGCGUUGUAUUUCUCCCGAGGCCAGCGGAUGGGCUUCUUACAGGCUAUAGAAGAUGAAGAUGGGGUUAAUAUCACUGCUCAGGAGAUUGAAGAUUCGGAAGAACCCGAAAGGCUGAGUGCAACUGGGUAG